AUGGACCCAUCAGUCGGUGGGCACCGUCUUCGAAGGCCUGGGCAGGGGAUCUUUGCGCUCAGAAACCGCCAAGAUGCUGGACGAGGUCUUCAAGCCCACUGGAGAGAAGGCUACGGCGCGGGAGCGGUUCUUGCCCAAGAGCUCGGGCAAGUGCUUGCUCUCUCAGAAGCGCGCCCAGCAGCUGGCCAUCGUCUUCCGCCGGUUGCCCAUCCCCUUGCAGAGACUCUGCUCGGCUUUGCUGGCCCUGGACUUUUCCAUCCCUCUAGGGGAGGAGAGCAGGUCCAAGGCCUGCUGCAGGCCUGGCCCACAGCCGAUGACUUCAAGGCGGUGGCCAACUACGAUGGCCCCGAGGAGCUCCGCGACGUGGAGCUUUGCAUCAAGCAGGUGGCGGCGGUGCCGCGGAGUGAGGCGCGGCUGAAGCUGCUGCGCCUGGCGCGGAGUUUGGACUCGCUGCACCACGCCUCCGCAGAGCUCGCGGUGCUGCGCCGGGCCUGCGAAGAGCUCCUGGGCUCCAGGACGCUGCGGGCGCUGCUGGACGCCGCGCUGGUGCUGGGGAACUACAUCAACGGCGACGCAGGCGCGGGCUUCUCGCUGGACGCGCUGGCGCCCUCGCUGAUGAGUUUGAAGGGCGAGAAGGGCACCACGGCGCUGCACUGUUUGUGCGCCAACCGCGCCCAGGAGGAUCCCUUCUUCUGCUCCAAGCUCCACUCAGAGCUCGCGAGCUUGAAGACAGCCUCCCAGAUCUCGCGGGGACUCCCAGAUGCUUUGCCCCAGAAGCUCAGGUCAGAGUCCGCAACUGGCAGCAAGAACGACGGCGAAGCGAAGCGCCACGUGACGCGAAGCGAAUGGCCAGGGGACACCUGA